ACCAAAAAAAUCAAACCAAAUCAAUUCCAAAUGCACGUAAUACAUAAUUUUUAAAUAAUCAAGAGGGCCUUUACCAGUUGGUGUGGUCACUGGUCAGGUCAACUAAUCAAAUUUCGGUAGCUAUGAGUGUGAAGAAUUAAUAUUUAUAAAUAUGCAUUUGUUAUUUCCCAGCAUCCUUUCUUGUACCUACAAAAAAAAUGGUCGACGUCUAAGAACCUUUCUCUUUGGCGUUGGGACUGGUUGGGGAUGGGAUUCUUCAGAAAUAGUGUAAUUUUUUUUAAAUAGGUUAUGUGCAUCGCGCACAUGACACCCUUGGUACAAAUACAAGCGUCCAUAAUUUAUAAGCUAUAUUACCACCGAGUGGACUAUAUACUUGUUUGUUACCGACGUGGCCUAAAUAGCUGAAAUUUGAUGAUAGAGAAGACAAAGUUGGUAAGUAUAGAGAGCAGAGGGCAUAAACAUUUGGGGUGUAAAGGAUCUCGAUUUCAUAAAACAAUAACAUAUAACUAACAUCACCAAAAGAAAUAACAAAAUCAGCUUAAUAAGUAGCUAACUAAGCAAGGGAAGCCAACAGGCGGCAUUAUCGCAUUUAUCGCUAAAGAGCGAAAUAUAUACCUUCUAAAUAACCCUCACGAAAAAGACUUUCUUUCAUAAUUUGUAAUCAGACCCGGUUUCUAAUUAUUAAUUAAAGUACUAAUUUAUUUAUAUAACUUAACAUUUAGGACAUAAGCAAUAACCAUAUUUCAUGGUUGUGUGUGUGUAGGUAGAAGUUCAGCCUGGAAACGUUAUGGGGUUAAGUUAGCGGUCGUGGUAAAGUGUGCAUGUGUGAGCCAUCGAUUGGUCAGGGACGGCGUGGCGUACCGUCCGAUCAUUAACCCAGUUGUGUUCGCGACGCGGCGCCGCCGGGCACGCGACCGGCCGGCUCGCUCAGUCCACCACCAUGCAACUGCCGGAGACGGCGCCUCCGCCCCUCGCUCCGCUAUGGGACCGUGUCCUCCGCGCCCGGGCGCUGCCGCCAGACCUCGACGUCGAGCUCCUUUACGUCGCUAUAAGGGAUCGCCUCACGCACCCUGAAUGGGAAGUCCGUCUCCAUGCUCUUCGCGUGCUCGCUGAUCUCCUGCCGCUCUCUGGCAACGCACUGACGUUCCCUUUCGAUCAAGUUAUAGAUAACCUGGGACAUGGCUCCCCUAACGUCCGCAAAGCUGCACUAGAUGCUUUGAAAGUAUUUUGCACCCAUUGCGAGGACCCAGAAUGCGCGGCUAGAGCUAUUUUAGACAAGUGCUCUUAUCAUAACAUUAGACCACAUUCAGCCGAUUUUGACACCAAAGUUAAUGUAAUAACGGGCUUAAUUCUAUCCAUUCCUUCAGUUAUGGCAAUUUUAAAAAGAAGGCACCCUGUUUUGGAUACGUUUCCUAUUUUUCAAACGUUAGGAGAUAAACUUUUUGAUCAUGUACACAGAGAUAUUGCGUUAAGAUCGCUUAUUAAGCUAAGAAGAGUUGUCGGCCCGAGAGAUUACAUGAUUUACUUGUCGAGAUUAGAGCCAAAAGUGCAAGAUAAAUUUCGAAUUUUGUGUGAAGUGUAUGAUGAAGAUUCGCUUGACGUGUACUAUGCUCCGAGAAAAACUACUUACCGAGAUAAAAACAGCCAUCAGCUGGUUAAAAUAAACCAUGUUUUUAAUAGUCCUGUACCUACCCCAAUCAGACUUUCAACUUGUGAUAACUCAUCUGAUGAGUCAUAUAACCACGUGCCAUAUUUUGGAAAUAAUUACGCAAAAGUGAUAAUUGAAACUGAAAUAAAAUUCGACUCCGAUACUGCAAUUACGAUGACUGUUUUAGAGGAGAAUGAGACUGAAUCUGAGAGGAAUACGGGUAGUGAAGAAGAUUGUGAUAGUUCCGAUCGGAACAUGCUGAAAUAUAGCGAUGGGGACUCGGAAGACAUGGAUGUUGUAGUUAAAAAGGUGCGAUUCGGAGGUGAAAGUGUUAAAAUUCGCACACCUGACAGCGAAAACAUAGCAACGAGUGAAGACGAUGCUAUUCAAAACAAACCUGCAGCCAUACAACAUACACACAUCGAGGAAGCGUCUAUGCAAGUAACACCAUUAAUUGUGAGUAAAAUGAAUGAGAUAAAACGAGAAGCAUUUGAAAGGGAAUCGCAAAGCAAACCUAAAAAGAGUGGAAUCCCAUUACCAGUUAUUAACAACAAACCUCGCAACCCCACUAUAGAAGCAACUUACAGUAAAGUGAAAUUAAAAUCGAAAUCAUUAAGUGAACUAUAUGAUUACUUUAGGUCUAAGAACGAAGCUCCAGAGGACAUUUUAAAAAAUUCGGGGUUUACACUGACUUUGACUGAGAUACGAACUCCGGAUAAACUUCCGAGUCCAGUGGAACCACACAGAGAAGUUGAGGUGCUUCACAAUCUACAGCGAAGUCCAACAGUGUCUCCUCGCCGAAGAUCAACACGUCUACAUCUAGAGCAGGAUGGAUUCGUGCUGAGCCUUCUAGCGUCAUCACCGCCCAAAGAAGAAGACUACCUCUCUCCGCGCGGACCCUCACCACUUCGCGGACACUACCAAUGGGAAGAUUUAGGAAUAGUCCCAAAACAUAUUUCGGAUCAAUUACACAAUACGGAAAACUGGAUAACAGCAGUAAAAGCAGCUGACCAGCUGCACAGUGCUCUGCUAGACGCAGAGAACGUGCGGCGCGCAGAGCCGGCCGCCCUCUCGCUUGUACAACACAUGUGGGCCUUAAGCGAAGAGGUUUCGGCAGCCAGAGCUCCAGCAGAAGGAGCAGUCUGUGCCUUACUGCGAGAAGCCAGCAAGGACUACGUUCGGCAGCUCCUGCCAGCCUUAGUAGCUAGGAUGGGGCGAGAACCACCACCCCCUGCGCUACCUCAUGCGAUGCUGCAGUGCAUACCAUUGCACAAUUUAAUUGAUGUAAUCUUCGACCCUGCUGUAAUCGGCAUGUCUGGCGACACUGAGCGAAUGCAAAGUACUCAACUUCGCGCUGCACUUUGCCUCGCAAAGGCUGCCGGGCCCGCGGCAGUGCUGACCGCAGUUCGGAGACGACUCGCCGACACCGCCAGAGCUGAUGUGUUUUGUAAUAAGUUACGAGAGCGACUCAGUAAGCCUGUCGAGAAUAAACCCAGCCACGUGUCAAGGAGCUCCCUUCUUCCGGUGCCAGUGCGGAGACGCGCUCGCUCGACGCCCUCGCCUGCGGCUCCGCCUCCGCCUAGACGAUUAAGACCAUUACCAGACUCUGCUCCAUUACCAAGUAUUUCACAAGCAAACGGGGAGUCUUUACACAAAACUUUAUCACCGAUUCUACUAAGUGACAAAGAUUCGAGCGCGCUCACCGCUACUUGUGAAGAUGUCACUGAAGAGAAAGAAAAUAAGAUAUCGUCGGAAAAUCUAAUUUUCGGGGAAACCACUAUCGUAGACAUUCCUGUAGAUGAAAUUGAUAAUGCACCGCCCGCACCGCACUCGCCGUCUAUUCACGUUGAAGAUUAUUCGGAAAAGUCUAUUAAAGGCGUCGAAUCUCAGAAUGAGAAUAGUUUGAAAGACAAUAAUUCACUUCAAAGUAACGAUGAUUUUGGUUCGCAGAAAUCAUUAAGUUACGAAGGGGCCGAAUCGCCUCUUUCGCGACCUCAGAGCAGAAUUUCCUCGCCCAGUCCGGUGUCGGCUAGGAGUAGAAAUGUAUCUGCCAGCCCAAUAAAAAGCGGUCAGCGGUCGCCCGACCCCACGAGCAACGUUUACAACCAGAAGGCCGCGUGCGAACGCGACGUACGUUCGGCGCUCACGGAGUGUAUAGUGCCCGCUAAACACGAAGAUUGGGAAGUUAUAGUGAAUGCAUUAACAGAAGCGGAGCGACUCGCGUCGGACAGCGGAGCGCGGGCACCGGCAGCGAGCUGGCGGGCGGUAGUGCGGUCGACGGCCACUCACGUCAAGUCACUACGUUCUCGCGUAGCCCGAACCGCGUGCUCCACUAUGGGAUCUCUGUUCGAACAUCGAGGCCGGUCGCUGGACCCCGAGUUGGAGGAUGCGGCAACGGCGCUGCUGGAGCGCUGCGCGGACGUGAAUCGGUUUCUGCGAGCGGACGCCGCCUCGGCGCUGGUGCGCGUGGCGUGCGGCAGCAGCAGCGCGCGGGCCGCGGUGGCGCUGGCGCGGAGAGGCGCGACGCACCGCGCCGGGCCGGUGCGGGCGGCGACGGCGCAGGCGCUGACGCGGCUGGUGGAGCGGCGCGGCGCGGCGCGCAUGCUGGACCUGCCGGCCGAGCCGCGCACGCUGCUGCUGCGCGCGGCGGGCGAGCUGCUCGGCGACGCGAGCGCCGAGGCGCGCCUGCACGCGCGGCUGCUCUGCCUCGCCCUACUCGAAGACACGCGGUUUCGGCCGAUGCUCAAAGAAUCCAUGCAGCCGACCCGAUAUAGAGCCAUACAGAAAUUUGUGGAUAAAUUGCGAUGACCAUAAUAUUAUACUUAAGUAUAUGACAAUUUUACGACUCGGGACCUACAAUAGGUAUAUAAAUUAGGUACUAAUAAUAACCAUUAUUCGGUUAAUAUAAGAUAUAAGGCAUACUUGGCACCGUACGUCUAAUAGCUCCAUCCAAAUCGUGAGAUUGUGCAAUUACCUAGAUUUCAAUUAGGUACGUUUAAGCAAAGUAAUUAGUAUCUAUUAGGUACUUAAACAAAGUGUCUUAUUAAAAUGUGCAUUAAAAUGACUGAAUUGUGCGAAAGGUAUUUUUAUAGCUAAAUAAUCUUAUUUAAUACGAAUAAACAUUUUAUUAUGAAUCCAUUGUUAUCCUCCAUCGGAGUGAGCUUUCUUAAAAAUAAUAUACAUUCCUGAAACUAAAUAUAUGUAUUUGUUUAUAAGAUUUUAAUAGAAGAAAAUUAAAUACACAAAUUAUGAA